UUUUUUCCCAUGCUCCCUUCUUUAUUCUCUGUUUUUUCUGCCCCCUGCCCCCUGCUUCCUCCUUCACUCUAUCCAGUUUCAAUAUCUCAAAAAAAAAUUGCCUAAAACUUUCUGAAAUUAAAAGAGGGAUUAAGUUUUUGCAACUUGCAAUAAAUCAAAGGGAGAAAGAAAAUAAUCAAGCUACAAUCAGAAUGAGUUUUAUGUCUUGACAGAGAUGCAACUACUGAACAAAAAAGUUGAGGAGGCAGGCAGUGGUAGUAAGGUGCAAAAAUUGGUUUCCCUGCUGAAGAAAUCUAAGGUACAAUGUGCUAUGGAGAGGCAAGGAACGGAGUUUCAGUCACACUGCAAUCUAAGCCGUUUUAGAUUGCAGUCUGAUAAAUUGGAGGAAGAUCUGAUGAAUGGCAAUGGUGAUACAGAUCCAUGUGGUUAUCUUGAUUGUUCUAUUUCUGACUUAUCCAAUAAGUUGAAAUUUGCUAAAAAGGAACUUUCAAUUAAAUUGAGGGAAUUGGUCUCCUGGAAGAGGCAACUUGAUGAAUUCCCAAUCGAAGCUGAACUUGUUCAGUAUGAACGCCGACUUUCAGAAUUAAAUAUUCAUAUGCAGGAUAGGCUUCGUCAAACUCGUAAAUAUUAUGACACCUAUAAUGCUCUUUUUGAGAUAAAGGACUUGAUGCUGAAGGAGAUAUCUCUACUAAAUUCAGUCGAUUCACAAUUUGGAGAUGCGAUUGGGAACCCUGCUGGUCGUACAAAAUUCAUUGAAUCAAUGGAUGCUAUUCUGAAGGGAAUUCGGCAGAAGUUUGAGAAGGUGCUACUUGGAUUGCAACUGGAGCAAAAAACUCUUGAUGUCCUCAGGGAGCGGUACAGUGCAGCCACUAUGAAUCAACGUCAGUGUGUCAUCCUCUUGAAGGAUUUUCAGGAAGAAUGUAGAAAGAAUGAGAGGCUCAAGAAGGAACUUGCACUCCAUGAAAAUCUAAGGGGUCAAACUUCCUCUUAGUGUUGCUGUUUACCUCAAUGAGGUAGCGCUUAAUAAUCUGAAAUUCUUCUAGAAGCAAGAUGCAAAUGUCUGUUUUCAUAUGCAGUAUAGGUGGUUGGCAGACCAGAAGACAAAGGACAUCUUUAUGCUGAGUGUCGUGUGUGCCUGAAUGGAUUUCAAAGAAUAGCUUCGCUGUUGGAUACACGGCUACGGUGUCACAUGUUUCCGAAAGCCAUUGAAUUGGUUCGUAUAGGAGAUGAAACUAUGGAAUUUGGUGAAGAUGCAUUCAUAAGACGCAAUUUUGAUAGUGGCUUCAUCUUUGACUUGCUUGGAUUGAAUGGAAUAUUCUACCAGUAUACCAAUCAGUGAAUGUACAGAGCCUCUAUUAUACUUGUAUGUCUCAUCUUUUGUACGUAACUAAUUUGUUUGUUUACCUUGAAAACUUAUUAUUAUUAUUAUAAGGGCACAUUCAAUAUCA